CACCAUUUAAUUUCAUUGUUCUUGUCGCCAUUCUUUGCUUUUAACGUCCACCUGGAAUUGCUAUUGCAUUCACAUUCAAUAACUCACUCAGUGCCUCACUCUUCAAUUGCAAGCUUUGGUGUGACUCUUCACUUCACAUUUGAAAGCAAAUGGCAGCGUCUGCUUUCUCCAACGCAUUGCUUUCUCCCGUGACACUUCCUUCCAAACCCAAAUCUAUUUCCUUUCAACCCAGAUUCCCACUUCUCAAAUUCCCCAGCACCAGAUCCCACCCCUCGUUGAGCAAAACGACCACGUUUUGUUCCUCGGAUGCCGCCGAUGCUCCUCAACAUGACACCCCAAUUGAAUUAAGGUAUCCGGCAUUUCCAACAGUCAUGGAUAUCAACCAGAUUCGUGACAUUUUGCCCCACAGGUUUCCUUUCCUUCUGGUGGAUAGAGUAAUUGAGUACAAUCCUGGCGUUUCUGCUGUCGCCAUAAAGAAUGUGACAAUAAAUGACAAUUUCUUUCCUGGACAUUUUCCAGAAAGGCCCAUCAUGCCGGGUGUUCUCAUGAUUGAGGCAAUGGCACAAGUUGGCGGUUUGGUCAUGUUGCAACCUGAAGUGGGAGGUUCUCGUGAAAACUUCUUCUUUGCUGGAAUAGACAAAGUGCGAUUUCGUAAGCCAGUGAUUGCAGGGGACACCUUAGUUAUGAGAAUGACGCUUACUAAGCUGCAAAAGCGAUUUGGAAUAGCAAAGAUGGAAGGGAAGGCAUAUGUUGGAGGUGAAGUUGUGUGUGAGGGUGAAUUUUUGAUGGCGAUGGGGAGUGGAUAAGUAGACACAUUCCUUUCGACUGGAAUAGAGUUCAUAUUCUUCCAUCUUUAAAUUUAAUUGCUUCUGCUUUUGAAUGCAGAACGUUGUGAACAUUUAGAUUAAUGUAUGCAUUUUCAACGAAAUCUAUCUGAACCUUCUGUUCUAGUUCUCCAUAUGACUUUGCUUUGGUUGUUUUGUUAUUUAAUACAAGUUUAUCUUUUAGACGGAUGAGCUCAAUGGCAUUUGACCUUGUGUUCUCUCAUCCAAAUUUGUUUUCA